AAAAAAAAAUCUUCUACAGGGAGCAAAGGAAAUAGAAGAGUAAUUUGCUCCCCUAAAAACCAUAAAAAGAGUAAAGACCAUAUUUUUUCUCUCCUCCUCUCUCGAUUAUAUCUCGCCGAACCCUUUCAAUUCGCAGUCGCCCUCCCUCCCUCCUCCAUUCCCGUCGCUUCCGCCGGAAAAUCGAGAGGAAAACCCAGGAAAGGCGAAGGAAAAGGGGAAGAAAAGAAGAAGAAAACCCACAUCUGCUUUGAUUUGAUUUCUUACCAUGAGGCCGCAGAAAAGGCCGAUCCACAUGCUCACGACAUGGGUCCGGCGGCAGCCACCCAAAGUCAAGGCCUUUCUCGCCGUCGUAGCUGGGAUGGCGGCACUAGUCCUCCUCCGCUUCAUCGUCCACGACCACGACAACCUCUUCGUCGCGGCGGAGGCCGUCCAUUCCAUUGGCAUCUCUGUUCUUAUUUACAAGCUCAUGAAGGAGAAGACUUGUGCAGGGCUGUCGCUGAAGUCACAAGAACUGACGGCUAUAUUCUUAGCAUUUAGGCUGUACUGUAGCUUUGUCAUGGAGUAUGACAUACAUACCUUACUAGACUUGGCUACACUGGCGACCACUCUGUGGGUUAUCUAUAUGAUCCGCUUCAAGCUGAAGUCUAGCUAUAUGGAGGACAAGGACAACUUUGCGCUCUAUUAUGUGCUGGUGCCUUGUCUUGCGUUAGCUGUGUUCAUUCACCCAACAACCUCGCAUAAUCUGUUCAACAGGAUUUUCUGGGCUUUCUGUGUAUACCUGGAGUCUGUUUCUGUGCUUCCUCAGCUGCGAGUGAUGCAGAACACCAAGAUUGUUGAACCAUUCACUGCUCAUUAUGUCUUUGCACUUGGAAUUGCAAGGUUUCUGAGCUGUGCUCACUGGGUUCUCCAGGUUUUGGAUAGUCGUGGACACUUGCUGGUAGCCUUGGGAUAUGGAUUGUGGCCAUCUAUGGUUCUUAUCUCAGAAAUCGUGCAGACUUUCAUUCUUGCUGAUUUCUGUUACUACUACGUGAAAAGUGUGUUCGGUGGCCAGCUGGUUCUACGCCUUCCCUCCGGUGUUGUAUAAGCAGAGAAUGUUCGUCGUUGCGGUUGAUGCUUGCCUUCACAAUUAACUUAUGCAAUGCCAUCGCUGCAAGUCUGCAACCUCUCUUCUGUUUCCCACACGGGUUUUUCGUUAUUACGACGUCUCGAACUUGAAGUAGAGUGGGGGAUUUUUGUAAAUUAACACUGCCAAAAACUUAGUUGGCUAACUGUAUUGAACAUAAUUUUCAUAGCUGAAAUUAACUUUAUUGCGUCAAAGACCGUGUCUUUUGUAGUUGAAUGCAUAUUGACAGUAAACCAGUUACUUAUCAUGAACACGAAUUGCAGGUC